UGGACUCUGGUGAACUCGACAAUAUAUUAUUUACUGUAAAAAUUUAAGGAACAGUCAACUUAUAUUGAUAAGAUGAAUUAAAAAUGUUCGUAAACGCUGACGUCUUCAUAACAUCAACAAACGUUUUAUCUUGAUUCAUUGUAGCACACGUCGUGAUCAAGCGUUCAAGGAAUAUUUAGGCCGGUAUUCACAGUCGCAACUUAUUUCUAAGCUUGUCCUAAGCAUAUGCUUAAAACAUCGGUUAGAUUCACAGUCGUCGAAUAAGCAACGUCUUAAGCAUCAGUUGAAGCAUUUGCUUAGGAAAGUAAAUGCUUGUCGGUGUAGAUUCACAGUCGAUGCUUAAGAAAGUCUUAAGCUCUUAUGAAUUCAUAGUGGAAUAAGUCCGCCUUAUUUGUAGAAAACGAGUUCUUACUUGGCUUCAUUGAGGUUAUGUUUUUAAGUCGACGAUAUUGAGGACUUAAACACGCGUUUAAAGGUGUUAUUGUGUAGUAUUGAACAAUUUAUUUUGAUUAAUUGUGGUAAAUUAUUUUAAAAAAGUACAAAAUGGAGUUGGACGUUUUGUCUGCCUUUUCUCAUGACACCCCUGCGGAAUCAACAGACUGAAGAAGAAAUAAGGUACAAUGAAAUCGAGAUUAGGACCCGACAGAUAGUAGAGAGAACGUUCGGUGUUUGGAAGCGCCGUUUUCCAUGUCUUACAAGGGGUUUAACAACGAAGUUCUUAUGUUCCACAACAACGGUAGUUGCAUGUGCUGUGUUGCAUAAUUUAGCCCUAACUUUCAAUUACAUUCUUGUAGAAGAAGAUGAAAUUGAAAACCAAAAUGAAGAUGGAGAAGAAUAAUUAGGAAAUGUGGAAAAUGUUAAACAAUAUUAAACUUUAUAUUUAACAAAUUUUAUUUCAUUCAUCUCAUACGCAAUGUUUUUCUUUUCAUUUUUAUAGAAUACAGUCAAGUUAACAUUCCCUUAAAGUAUUUCGUGUAAACUGAUAACUAAAAGAUUUUCUGAAAUAUAUGCAAAUGAUAUAAUAUGGAAUGUCUAAGCUGGAAGAUUUACAAGAUUGUCAACUUUUUUUUCUCUCUUUUAAAUUCUAUUUUACUUUCAACUUAAUCGUUUAUCACUAUAAAUUCAUUUGCCUUAAGUAGUAAUAAUAAAAAGAAAAAAAUGAUCGUUAUUGUACAUAUCCUAUGGAAGCUAUUAGAAGCUGAUAUUUAUAAGAAUUAGAAAGCGAUAAAUGAUACGGUACAAAAUAAGAUACUACAAAAAUUAAAUA